UACACUGAGAACAUUGACUCAACCCUAUCUAGCCAAGUACACUAAGAGGUGGAGAUCAUUGACUCAACCCUAUCCUAGCCAAGAACACUAAGAGAGUCCUGCAGAACUACAUGGUGUGGCGUUUUGUCAUGAACAUGGUGGUGGGUUUGAGCAGGCAGUACAGGGACACCAGGAAAGCCUUCCGCAAGGCGCUGUACGGUGCCACGUCGGAGGCGGCGGUGUGGCGGCAGUGUGUCAUCUACGUCAACAACAAUAUGGACAACGCUGUCGGAAGACUGUACGUAGAGGAGUCCUUCUCUGGGGAGAGCAAAGAACUGAUGGAAGAGAUGAUCUCUGUGAUACGGGAGGUAUUCAUCAGUAACUUAGACCACCUAAGAUGGAUGGAUGUAGAGACCAAGAAGGCUGCUGAGGAGAAG